AUGAAUUCAAGAGAACCCGGAAGGUCGCGUAACUCGGAGCAGGACCCUGAGAAUCCUAGCGGUAGUGAUGUUGGGGUGAUGAUUAAGGGCAAAGUGUAUCCUUAUGUGGAAAAAAACCCUUUGGAUGCGAUAGCACUCAACGGAUUCAACUUGGGAAUUGCUGUGGGUUUAGCGAUGGGCCUGCUGACCUACACCUUCUUCAAGAAUUUCAAUGUGUACGUGCUGGCUAUUUCUAUCUUUCAUUUCCUGGAGUUCUUCGUCACAGCGAGGUUCAAUCCAGGCAAGGUCACUUCCGACUCAUUCCUUUUCAACAAUGGUAAAGCAUAUAUUUUCUCGCACCUGUUUGCCAUGACGGAAGCGCUCGUUCAGUGUUUGUUUUUUCCACGCUGGAAAUCUAGCUUUUACUCCAAAGCUCAUCUGAUCAUAUCAUUGCUAGGCUUCUUGUUGAUUAUAAUGGGCCAAUACGUUAGAACAAUGGCGAUGGUCACGGCAGGGAAAUCAUUUUCGCAUCAUGUCAAGCAAACCCGAAAUUCUGAUCAUGUUUUGGUGACUACCGGAAUUUACGGCUGGUUCCGCCAUCCCAGCUAUUUCGGAUAUUUUUGGUGGGCACUCGGCACUCAAUUGUGGCUACUGAAUCCAUUGUCGUUUGUAAUGUUCGCUGUUGUCUUAUGGAGGUUCUUCGAUGCCAGAAUAGAAUACGAAGAAAGAUAUCUUGUUGCAUUCUUUGGUUUAAGCUAUAAAGAUUACACCACUAAAGUUGGAACCGGUAUACCUUUCGUUCACAGUAAUUCUAAACCAUCUAGCCAUCUUCGGUGA